CCCUUCUUGUCCAGUAUAUGCAAUAAGGCGGAGGAAAGAGACUCCAAGGAGGACGAAUCUGUAGCCCGCAAUCCUGGCGGGCUUUCCCAGUCCGAUGAGAUGGACAGUUGCGGACAGCAAGAGACGUGCAAUCUCCCACAGAUUCUGCCUGCACAGUCUGAUGUCACGGAAGCGGAAUCAAGAUCAGCGGAGACCACGAUCACCGGCACUAACGAUGCGGCGGAGGAUGAGAGUUCACACUGCCGUGAUGACUGUCCCUAUGAGGGGGAGGCCAGCAGAAACGGCUCAACCAGUAGCACUGGCAGCAGCGGCAGUUACACCUAA